UGCAAGGAACCUCCUUUUUAACCACAAACCGAAUUUGCUUUCAUUUAGGCCAUAUAUAUUUUUUAAAUAGUUUAAAGUCAUAGAGAUUUUUUUGGAAAAGCAUUUCGCCCUGGAGCGGUGCGCGAUGCUUUCGCACGCCGACCUGCUGGAUGCUCGCCUCGGUGAGUUGUCAACGCCAAACUCCGGUCUGCAACUCUACUGGAUGAAGGAUGCCGCGGCUGAGCUUCUGGGUCACAGGGAGGCAUUGAAAUGCAGGCUGGGCGGCGGCGGAACUGACCCGGGCCACCCCGGAGAACUCGCCCCGGUCUCCGAUGCAGUGGAAGGGGCCACCCUUCUCCCCGGAGACGAUAUCAACAGUGCUGGAUCCAAUCCGCCGGGUGUAGCGGUAAACAGUAAGGAACAGGAGAAGCAGCAGCAGCAGAACCCCACCCAGUCCGGCGGCCAGCAGAGUCAGAGUCAGAAACAGAAACGGCACCGGACUCGCUUUACUCCGGCUCAGCUUAACGAGCUGGAACGCAGCUUCGCCAAAACCCACUAUCCGGACAUCUUCAUGCGCGAGGAGCUCGCGCUCCGGAUCGGCCUGACGGAAUCACGCGUGCAGGUUUGGUUUCAGAACCGACGCGCCAAAUGGAAGAAGCGCAAGAAGACCACCAACGUGUUUCGCGCGCCGGGCACUUUGCUGCCCACUCACCACGGCCUCCCGCAAUUCCCCUCCGCGGCGGCCAUGGGCGACGGCCUGUGCUCUUUUCACGCUAAUGACACCCGCUGGGCCGCGGCUGGGAUGCCGGGAGUCUCACAACUGCAGUUACCGCCCGCUCUAGGCCGACAACAAGCUAUGGCACAGUCUCUGUCCCAAUGCAGCCUGGGCGCCGGUCCUCCACCCAACUCCAUGAGCCUGUCCAACAUGUCCUCCAACGGUUCCGGCCUCCAGUCCCACCUCUACCAGCCCACCUUCCCCGGUAUGGUGCCCGCGUCGCUCUCUGGUCCCACCAACGUGACCGGCUCGCCUCAGCUGUGUAGCUCCCCGGACACUGACAUCUGGAGAGGGACGAGCAUCGCGUCCCUGCGCCGCAAAGCGCUCGAGCACACAGUGUCCAUGAGUUUCACCUAAUAUUUUGACGUGGUUCACCUCCUGUUUCUCGUCCACCGGUCAUUACUGGCCCAUGACGCACACGGAAGUCAAAGGAUACGACUGUCCUCUUGUAAACAAGGACUGUGCGCACCUGAUGGAAGUAAAACCUAAAGCAUCAUAGGCUGAAAAAAAGUAUUUAUUACGUCCUAUUUAUUUAAUAAUUUGUUAUUUAUUUAUUAGCACUUUCUUUUUGCAAAUUCAAAAUGUCAGCAACCUGGACAGUAAACAAUCUGCACAUUUGAAAUGUAUUCGUUUGCAUUUGAGAAACAAGGCGAGAGACGGUGCACUCGUUUUUAUUACUAUGAUCAUCGUUAUUAUUGAAGAAGAAAUCGUUCAAAAUUUAGGACUGUUUUAUGAAUCGUUGGAGGAAAGAAAGGAAAAAAAUCUAAAAAAGAAUUAAGAUUAUUGACUGCAUGUGCCGACCAAGGUAAACAACACAACAACGGGGAAAAGUCAUUUAAACGAGAAGUCUGAAUUUGUUAUAUAAUGUUAUAUAGGAUGUUUUGUGUAGAUAAAGCAUUCUUAACUCGUUCCCAUUCGGUCAGUUUGUGAUAUGUUCUAAGUUCUUGUAUGUGCUUAUACCAAUGUAAAUUUCUUAAAUGUUUGAUCUUCUUAACGGCUCUUUUGUUUCCUGAAUAGGCCUAUGUUUAUAACGAUUGAAUGUAAAUUAACGAAUAAAAUCAUUUUCAAUA